UAGUAGAACCAGUCUGCACUUACAGAAACUGAUUGUGUGUACAUGUGGGUGUGUAAGUGUUUGGGUGUGUGUGUGCAAGUGUCACAGCCAGGUGAUCUCUCAACUGAUGUGGUUCCUCCCCCUUUCUAGAACACAAGUUCUAGAACACAAGUUCUAGGAAACAACACUCUCUCACACACACAGACGAGGCAACUCACACACACACACACACGGACGAGACGACAAAUCAAGUGCACGAAGAUCCUGACUAACCGAGAGGAAGAGAGACUAAGAAAGAGGAAGAGGAAGAAGAAGCGAGGAAGGGAGUAAGAGAGAGAGAAGGAGGGAGGGAGAGUAAGAAAGAGGAGUGAGGGAGCUCGUGGUUAUGGGGGGGGGCACCUCUAAGGGAAUCACAUUGGGGGGGAGGAAGAAAGAAGAGCCGGCCCCGAGCACUGCCUGGAACAGCCUCAAGGGGGCGCUGUCCCUUCAUAAACCCCCCCAGGAGAAGAAGAGGAACAGCACACUUCUGGACAAACUUCUCCUGGAGCCCUUCAAGAAGGAGGGGUCUAGCCAGAAGAGGUUCUCAUUGGCUAAGGACGGGAAAGGCCCCCUGUCAAUCAAGAAGCUGUCAUUGAACACCUCUAAGGAGGAGUCAAAGUCGUGGAGGAACCUGGGGAGGGAACAAAAGAAGAAGAAGGAGAAGGAGAAGAAACAGAAGAAGAAGGGAGGAAAAGGAGUGUUUGACAGCGUCCUGAACUACUCUCCUCCCAGACAGAGGUUCUCUCUGGUCGAGGUGCUCGCCUGACCUAGCGACUGUCCCAAAGAUGCGUUACCGUGACAAUGAAGAACUGCCACCAGAUAUUGUGGAAUGUAUCGAAGCCCUCUGUGACAUGCUUGCGUGUAAAAAGGGCUAUACAAAUAAAUUUGAUUUGAUUUGAUUAUCGAGUCACGGAACACUGUUUAUUUUUAGAACAGUAGCUGUCAAUAAAGUUGAUUCUAAGUCUAUUCGUCAAGUAAUCAUACAAUCAAUAAUACAUGAACAAUUGGUAGCAUUUACACAGUCAAACUAAUAUU